CACAGCUCACAGCCAGCCGCAGACUGCCAGCCGCGACCUCUUCCUUUCCUUGCUACAGGCUCAUAGCUCACAGAACACAACCUGCGGUUGGGCUGCUUCAAGGCAUGGGAGCUUUGGGUUCGCUCUGGGUUUUCUUCACUCUCAUCACUCCAGGAGUUCUUGGUCAGUGUAAGUUGCUGCCAAAGUAUCCCUUUGCUAAGCCUUCUAUUGUGAGUGAUAAGUCUGAAUUUGCUGUUGGAACAACUUGGGAAUACAAAUGCCUCCCAGGGUAUUUUAGGAAGUCAUUUAUUGUCACCUGCUUAGAAACCUCCAAGUGGUCAGAUGCUCAGCAGUUCUGUAAACGUAAACCAUGUACGAAUCCUCAAGAACCCCUCCAUGGCUCUGUGCAUAUAAACACGGGUAUCGAGUUUGGGUCAACCAUUACGUAUUCUUGUAAUAAAGGAUAUCGACUUAUUGGUGACUCAUCUGCUACAUGUAUUAUAUCAGACAAUAUUGUAAUGUGGGAUAAUGGAGUGCCUCUUUGUGAAUCUAUUCCUUGUGAGUCACCUCCAGCCAUCUCCAAUGGAGACUUCUACAGCAGCAGUAGAGACAGCUUUUUCUAUGGGAUGGUAGUAACUUAUUAUUGCCAUAUUGGAAAGAAUAGGGAAAAACUGUUUGAUCUGGUGGGUGAGAAGUCAAUAUAUUGUACCAGCAAAGACAAUCAAGUUGGCAUCUGGAACAGUCCACCUCCUCAGUGUAUUGCUAUAGUCAAGUGCCCGGUGCCACAAAUUGAAAAUGGAGAUGUAGAGUCUGGAUUUAAACACUCCUUCUUCUUAAAUGAUACAGUAAUAUUUAAGUGCAAGUCUGGCUUUACCAUGAAAGGCAGCAGAAUAGUAUGGUGCCAGCCAAAUAGCAAAUGGAGCCCUCCACUUCCAACAUGCUUCAGGGGAUGUCUACCACCUCAAAAUAUCCUCCAUGGUGAUUAUAACAAAAAGGAUAAGGAAUUCUUCUCUGUUGGCCACAAAGUGUCGUAUAGCUGUAAACCUGGCUAUACUCUCAUUGGAACUAACCUAGUGGAAUGUACAUCCUUGGGAACCUGGAGCCCUACAGUGCCGACAUGUGAAGUGAAAUCAUGUGAUGCCAUUCCAAACCAACUUCUCAAUGGCCGAGUGUUUCUUCCCCCUAAUCUCCAGCUUGGGGCAGAGGUUUCCUUUGUUUGUGACCUAGGGUUCCAGUUAAAAGGCAAAUCUUCUAGUCAGUGUGUUCCAGAAGGAGAGACAGUAAUCUGGAAUAAUAAGUUUCCUGUCUGUGAACAGAUUUCUUGUGACCCUCCUCCUGAAGUAAAAAAUGCUCGGAAACUCUAUUAUUCUCUUCCCAUACUGCCUGGAACUGUUGUGAGGUACACUUGUGCACCUGGAUACCGUCUCAUUGGAGAAAAGGCUAUGUUUUGUAUAAGUAAAGAUCAAGUGAAUGCCACUUGGGAUAAAGCUGCUCCUAAAUGUGAACCUGCAAAUAAAAACAUUUUGUGCUCAGAGCCCUUAGUACCAGGGGGAUUCAUAGAUAAACGAUCUAAACCACCAUUCAGACAUGGUGAUUCUGUGACAUUCACCUGUAAAGCCAACUUCACCAUGAAAGGGAGCAAAACUGUCUGGUGCCAGGCAAAUAAAAUGUGGGGACCAACAGCACUGCCAGUCUGUGAAAGUGAUUUCCCUCUAGAGUGCCCAUCACUUCCAACGAUUCAAAAUGGACACCACACAGGACAGCACGUUGACCAGUUUGUUUCGGGAUUGUCUGUGACAUACAGUUGUGAACCUGGCUAUUUGCUUAUUGGAAAAAAGACAAUUAAGUGCUUAUCUUCAGGAAACUGGGAUGGUGUCAUUCCGACAUGCGAAGAGGCCAAGUGUGAACAUCUAGGAAAGUUUCCCAAUGGGCAGGUAAAAGAGCCUCUGAGUCUUCAAGUUGGCACAACUGUGUACUUCUCCUGUAAUGAAGGGUACCAAUUACAAGGACAACCCUCUAGUCAGUGUGUGAUUGUUGAACAGAAAGCCAUCUGGACCAAGAAGCCAGUAUGUAAAGAAAUUCUCUGCCCACCACCUCCACCUGUUCUUAAUGGAAGACAUACAGGCAGCUUUUCAGAAAAUGUACCAUAUGGAAGCACAGUUACCUAUACGUGUGACCCAAGCCCAGAGAAAGGAGUGAACUUCACUCUUAUUGGAGAGAAGACUAUCUAUUGUACCAUCGGUAGUCAGAAGACUGGGAUCUGGAGUGGCCCUGCUCCAUAUUGUGAACUUUCAACUUCUGCAGUUCAGUGUCUACAACCCCAGAUCAACAGAGGGCAAAUGUUAUCUAUUUUGAAAGAUAGUUAUUCAUAUAAUGACACUGUGGAAUUUUCUUGUGAACCUGGCUUCACCCUAAAGGGCAGCAGGAGAAUUCGAUGCAGUGCCCAGGGCACAUGGGAGCCACCGGUACCAGUGUGUGAAAAAGGAUGCCAGGCUCCUCCUAAAAUCAUCAAUGGACAAAAAGAAGAUAGAUACUUGCUUAAGUUUGACCCUGGUACAUCCAUAAGAUAUAGCUGUGACCCUGGUUAUUUACUGGUGGGAGAGGACACUAUACAUUGUACCCCUGAGGGGAAGUGGACACCCAUUCCCCCCCAUUGCAAAGUUGCAGAGUGUAAACCAGUAGGACCACAUCUCUUUAAGAAGCCUCAGAAUCAGUUUAUUAGGACAGCUGUUAAUUCUUCUUGUGAUGAAGGGUUCCAGUUAAGUGAGAGUGCUUAUCAACUGUGUCAAGGUACAAUUCCUUGGUUUAUAGAGAUCCGUCUUUGUAAAGAAAUCACCUGCCCACCACCUCCUAUUAUCCACAAUGGGACACAUACAGGGAGUUCCUCAGAAGAUGUCCCAUAUGGAACUGUGGUCACAUACAUGUGCUAUCCUGGGCCAGAGGAAGGAGUAAAAUUCAAACUCAUCGGGGAGCAAACCAUCCGCUGUAAAAGUAACAGCACAGGAAGAGGCUUCUGGAGUAACCCUGCUCCUCUCUGUAAACUUUCCCUCCCUGCUGUCCAGUGCUCAGAAGUCCAUGUUGAAAAUGGACUCAAGUUCACUAACAAUGAAGCCCCGUAUUUCUACAAUGAUAGUGUGUCAUUCAAGUGUCAUAAUGGAUACAUUUUGAACGGAAGCAGUCAGAUCCGGUGUAAAGCCAAUAACACCUGGGAUCCUGAAAUACCACGUUGUGAAAAAGAAGGAUGUGAGCCUAUGGGAGAAACUCAUGAUCUUCCAGAUGAUUCACAUAUAAAACUAGUGAACAGAACUUGUCAAAAUGGGUACCAGUUGACUGGACAUACUUAUGAGAAGUGUCAAAAUGCUGAAAAUGGGACUUGGUUUCAAAAGAUUGCAGUUUGUACAGUUAUUCGCUGCCAACCUCCACCAACAGUUGCAAAUGGUAGUCACACAGGCAUGAUGAUGAAGCACUUCCUGUAUGGAAAUGAAGUUUCUUAUGAAUGUGAUAAAGGGUUCUAUCUCUUGGGAGAGAAAAGUUUGCAGUGCAUAAAUAAUUCUGAAGGUCAUGGAUCUUGGAGUGGGCCUCCACCACAGUGCUUGCAAUCUUCUCCUCUAACUCAUUGCCCCGAUCCAGAAGUCAAACAUGGAUACAAACUCAAUAAAACUCGCUCUGCAUAUUCUCAUAAUGAUAUCUUAUACUUUGUCUGCGAUCAAGGCUUUAUCAUGAACGGCAGUCACUUGAUAAGGUGUCAUACUAAUAACACAUGGUUACCAGGUGUACCAACUUGUAUCAGAAAGGCUUCUUUAGGGUGUCAGUCUCCAUCCACAAUCCCCAAUGGGAAUCAUACUGGUGGGAAUAUAGCUCUAUUUCCCCCUGGAAUGUCAGUCAUGUACAGUUGUUACCAAGGCUACCUUAUGGCUGGGGAGGCACGUCUUAUCUGUACUCAUGAGGGUACCUGGAGCCAACCUGCCCCUUAUUGCAAAGAGGUAAACUGUAGCUUCCCUGAAGAUACAAAUGGAAUCCAGAAGGGAUUUCAGCCUGGGAAAACCUAUCGACUUGGAUCUACUGUGACUCUGGAAUGCGAGGAUGGGUAUACCUUGGAGGGAAGUCCACAGAGCCAGUGCCAGGAUGACAACCAAUGGAACCCUCCUCUGGCUAUCUGCAAAUACCGUAGGUGGUCAACUAUUCCUCUUAUUUGUGGUAUUUCUGCAGGCUCAGUAUUUAUCGUUUUGAUUAGUGUCAGCUUCUGUAUGAUGUUAAAAUGCAGAGAAAGAAAUUAUUAUACGAAGACAAGGCCCAAAGAAGGAGCUCUUCAUUUAGAAACACGAAAAGUAUAUUCUAUUGAUCCAUACAACCUAGCAAGCUGAUCACAUGACAAGUUGGUAUAUAAUGAAACUGAAAUACAGUUACUUAUACAUAGGUCAAGAUUUGCUUUAAUAUUUUCUCAUAGCCUUUUAAAAGCACAGUCUUAAGUAAAUAUUGUUCUAUUUCAGACUUUAUAGCCAUGCACAAUAUUAUUAGCUUACCUACUUCAUAUUCCAACUAGUGAUCCUAGUUGAAAAACAUCUGUCUAUUCAGUAAAUAUGUAAAGAGUAUAAUUAAUAAAAUGAUUAAGAAUUAUUAAAAAUGAAAUAAAGUCAUAUAUGAUGAUACAUGCCUAUAAUUCUAGCACUUAGGAAGUGGAAGAAAGAUCAGGAAUUUCAGGCUGACAUUUGAAUUUAGCUACAUAGUGAAUUGGAAGACGGAGUGGGCUGUAUGAGAUUCUGUCUUCAAAAAACCAUCAAAAACAAACACAAAAAAUGAGAGUAAAUGAAUUAGAAUAAAUAUUACUAAGGAGAAAUAAGCAAGGAAAAGAGGAUAGAGAAAAGAAAGUGAUUACAUUGAAAAUAUUCAUCAUGGAAAUGGCAUUUACACAAAGACUGGAGGAAAGUAGAGAGCCAGCCAAAUAACUACAUAGAAGUGGAUUCAAGGAAUAUACAAACAAUGGCUGGUUCAAAGGCUAAGAGGUCUUCCUAUGUUGGCCUAGCAAGGUGGUUUGUGUAGCCUAGAGUGGAUUUUUUAAAUAGGAAAAAGAUGCUCUGAGUGUUAUGUGGAAAGGAGCUGGCUGGUUAGAUAGGGUGGGCUAGGUUAUUGUAGUAAGUUUUUAUUUUGAGAUGGGAGGUACCAUCUGAGUUUUAAGCAGAAGAAUUACAUCAUCACCUCAACUGCUGUGUUGAGAAGAGGCUAUAGGAAGUUAAGCAUAGGAGAAGGGACUGAACAAGGAGGCUGAUAUAAUAAUCUAGGCAAGAAAAAACAGCCUGGCAAGAAGAGGCCAUAUUUUGCAUGCAUUUUUAAGAUAACAACAAGGGAGAUAAAUGAUUUAAAGAAUAAAGAAAGAUACCAAUAAUGAUGCCAGGGAUUUGGGACCUAUGCUAACGGAAGGAUAAAGUUGAUAUUAAGAUAAUUCAAAAUGUGGUAAGUACACUGGGAUAAAUCAGUUUUUCUUUGGAGGUGUUAAAUGUGAGAUAAUUAAUAAAUAAUCAAAUAAAAGUAUCAAGAGGGCAGCUGACAAAUUCACAUUACUAAUAUCACAGUUAAUACUGAACAUACAAACACAUACUUAAAGGGACCAUAUCAAAUUAUCAUGGGGGUUUAAGAAGCUAUAGAAGAAAAAAAAAAGUCCAAGUACUGAGCCUUACUUACGGUUUCUAAUAUGAGGAGUUGUAAAAUGAGGAAGACUAGCAAAGAGUCGGCCUCUGAUGUAGAGAUUCCAUUCAGUGUAGUGUGUUGGGUUCAGGUACAGGGGACUUAGAAAAGAGGGAAAGAGCUUUGAAGUUGCUGUUGACACCUUAAAAAUGACAAGCAACAAAAAAUGGAUUUAGUAGAACAAAAUUUGUUGAUAAAACUAACAAAACAGUUUUAGUAGAAAUAAUUUGGAUUAAUCUUAAGAGAAAAAUGAAAGAACAAAAAUCAAAGUCCUAGGAGGUUUGUUAUCUCUAGUUUUUCAAUAAUGGGUCUGAAAAUCAUAGCAAAAAUGAAGGAAAGACUUUUGAAUAAUUAAUAUAUGCAUCUUUGCCACAGUUUCUAUAAGAUGAUGGAGAUGACUUAGUAGAUAUGGAAAAAAAUAAAAGCAAGUGAGUAAAAAGAAUUGCUUGGCUAAGACCUUAGUGGAGUAGUUUCUUAGGCAGUAAUAAAUACUUAGUUACAAAAUGGAAGCUAGAACAAACAGGAGCCAGGAAGAUAGAUGUUCCCAUAUGAUAUGAUGGUACAACCAUUUCCCCCUAGUCAUGCGGCUUGCAAUAACUAGCAAGCAAACUGAUUACAUGAGAAUAAAAGUGGGGUAGAUCCUAGAAAUUAAGAGAAAAAAGCAAAUGUUAAAGUGAGCUGGAAGUAGAAGACUGAAUGAUGAAAAGUCCAGAAAGGUGAGCAGGCAUCAUUUAUAAUCCACCUGAAGUCCCCUGCAUUCCUCCUCCUGCAAAAGUAUAGAAGUGAACACUAGGUUAAUCUUGCUGAGAGUCUUAAUCAGAUUUCACUGUGAAUUUGAAAGAUAAAUGUUGAUAGAUCAAAAUGACAAAUAAUGAAAAUUGAUCAUUGGAUUUAGCAGCACAAAAUUUGUUGAUGAAAUUAACAAGAACUUCUUUUUGUAUAACUGAAGGAGAAAGACAAUACCAAAGUGAAUUAAUAUUCCAGAUGGAAAAACUAAAGCUAAAAUAUUCUCUUAGCCAAAGAAUUUAGGAUCCGGAUAUGGAAAAAUGAAUGGUUCAGAGGUUAAGAGCACUUAUUGCUCUUGCAGAGUUUUAAUUCCCAGAACCCACAUAGUGGCUCACAACCAUCUGCAACUUCAGGUCCAAAGAAUCUAAUGUCUUCUGUUAACUUCUGUGAGCUUUUGCAUACAUGUGGUACACAUACAUAUUCAGGCAUAUAUACAUAUGCAUAAAUCCUUUAAAAAAGAAUUUACAGUCAGUUGUGACUUUAAACGGACUCCUAUAUAUUUGACAGCUAACUUACCUUCUGUCCUCUUAGAUUUACUUUAAUAGGACACACAAGACAUAUAUAUCAUAAGGUUAGGAUAAGUGUCAUAAGUAAAGUACAGAGAAGCUAUUGUAGAAUUUGAGGAGGAAAAUGUUAUAUUUUCCUGGGGAGUCUUAGCAAAGGAACAGAAGAGAAAGGGAACAUUAUAUUGAAGGGAUCCCCCACUCAAAGCAUGGGACCCAAAGAAAAGCGAUUAAAUAUUUGUUGGAUAGACAUUGAUUUUUAUUUUAUUUGUAUUUAGCAGCAUAAAAUACAGUUAUGUGUUCCAGUUCAUACUAUCUGCAGUACUUCCUAAUAGAAUAAUACCAUCUAAUCGAUUAAUGGUUGUAAUUGUCAAAUAGAAAGACUGUUGAUGCUCUAGUCAUGUUAUUUAAACAUGAGUUACACUGUUCACAUUGUUACCUACACAGAAAUUAUUUAUUUCAGUGUGUUUAUUGGCUUGGAAUUGCAUUGAACAUUGAUAAGAAAGAAAGCAUUUGAAUAUCAGUAAAUCUCUGAGUAGUUGCAACAUCAGUGAACUAAUCUCAGAAGCUGUAGCAUGCAAUUUAUUCUUAAGCAGAGCAGAGAUGGUUUGUUUGAUGUUAAAGUUGGGUUCACAGCCAUGGUACAGUGAGGCUUCCUCUAUGAAGCCCUAUUAUGAUCUGACUGAAGCCAGGCUAUGGUAUAGAAAAGUAAAUGAUACUGCAAGCACACUUCCUAAGGAAAACCCAUCCUUAUAUGUAGCACCAUCUUUUUGAAAGCAGCCUAUUCACUCUUACUACAUGCUUUGGAUUAUCAUGGAGCACUUAACAUCUACCAGGGGUGUCCAAACCAUGGCCUGUAAGUCACAUGAAGCCCAGGAGAACUAUGAAUAUAAUCCAAUAUAAAAUCAAAAACUUAAGAUAUUAUUAGAUUUUCUUUUGUAACUUUUAUUCUGUAACUUGGCUUGAGCAGUUCUCAAGUGUGAGGUUUUUAGAUGACAGUGCAUGUUGGAGAAAGAAAAAUGUUGUACACUCCUUCAUCUGAAAUAUUCCACUGGAUGUGAUAAGUGCACCUAGCUGGAAACACUGACUUGAAUAGAAACUUACUUCUCUGGUUUGGUUAAGCAUACUCACUUGGGGUAAUGUUUUUCUCAUAAUACUGUAUAUUCUUUACCUAUCCACAAUUAUUCUGUAAUUCUGAUUUGUACAGGAUAUGAGAACUAUAAGAGCUGAGUUUUAAUUUAAGCUUUAGUUAUUCCUUUAGAAGUUUUUUCAUAAGCUUCAGCUCUUUAUAAAAUACCAUUUGGUAAUAGACACAUUUACCACUCAAAUAAACUGUAUUUUUAAAAAUUUAAAAAAUCUUAUUUGAUUUUUUCUUUCUGAAGAAAGUGAUUUCCUAAAUAGUACAUAUAAUUCUAGGGUCUUAAGAGUUUAUAAUUUAAUAGUAAUUCAUUCUAGAACACACUUUUGGUCAUUUUAGCCAGUCUCUCAAUCCAAAAAUUUAGCUUCCUCAACCCCAAAACUUGCAUAUUACCCAGUGAACAACUUCAGCUCACCUAUCAUCUCCCACUGUGCUUUAGAUCUAACCUUUAGAUCAUUAAGAAAAAAAAUAACACCAACAAAGACCCUUCCCAUUGGGAAUCAGCUUUGUGUCUCAUCUAUUAUGCUAUUAAGCUGUGUGUGUGUGUGUGUGUGUGUGUGUGUGUGUGUGUGUGUGUGUGUAGGGACAGUUAUAACUGUGGCUUUAAAAAUCAUAUGGAGGAGCCAGGUAGUGGUGGCACACACCUUUAAUCCCAGCACUUGGGAGGCAGAGGCAGGUGGAUUUCUGAGUUCGAGGCCAGCCUGGUCUACAGAGUGAGUUCCAGGACAGCUAGGGCUACACAGAGAAACCCUGUCUCAAAAAACCAAACCAACCAACCAACCAACCAAACAAACAACAACAAAAAACCCAAACAAAACAAAACAAAACAAAACAAAAUCACAUGGAGGAAUGGAAAGAUGACUCAGCAGUUAGGAACACCUGCUGGUCUUGCAGAGGACCUUGGGUUGGGUUUAAUUCUCAGCACCUACAUGGCUACUUACAAACUAUUUAAAAUUCCAGUUCCAGGGAAUUAGCCUCCUCUGGUGACUAUGAGUACCAGGCACACAAAAGGCACACAAACAUGAAUGCAAAACAGCCUGUGGUUGUUUGAAUAAGAAUGGUCUCUCUUAGGCCCAUAGGGAGUUGCACUAUUAGAAGGUUGUUGUAGUAGUUACAGCCUUGUUGGAGGAAGUGUGUCUCAUUCUCUCUUUUUUUGUUGCCUGCGGAUCAAGAUGUAGAACUCUCAGCUACCUCUUCAGCACCAUAUCUGCCUCCAUGCCACCACUGAGCUACCCUCCAUGAAUUGAAGAGUUUUGGAUUAAUUAUGUUGGCAAAGGAAAUCUCAAAAUAGUCUAGUAUUGACUCUGUUGUGAAGUUACCAAUGGUUACUUCUAUGCAGACAUAUAAGGAAUAGAAGCAAGCUGAGCAAGGAAAAAUACAAACUGUAAUAUUUGAGGAGAAAAGGAGCACCAGAAAGUAUGAACAGAUUAAAGGAAACCCUGAUGCUAAAUGGAAUAAAGGGAGUGGUGACCUCAGAGCAAGGCCCUACCUAGCUAAGCUUCCAAUUUGUAAAAAGAAUUAAAGAAAAGUGAAAGCAAAUUAACGGACAGUUUAGGGCUAGGCAUGGUAGUGUACACUUUUAAUCCCAGAGUUUAAGGCUAGCCUGGUCUACAAAGCAAGCUGUGGGACAGCCAAGCUUAUGUAAUGAAGGUAAGUACCUAAAACAGAAAGAUUUUGAAAAAUUAUUUGAAUGAGGAACCAUGUGAAACAAGGGCCCCAGCAAGCAACAUAACAGGGUGGCCUUGGCCAUGUGGUUCUGGCUGUAGAGUCAAGGAUAUAAUAAAGGGGUUAUGUAAUCUCCUGUCAUGACUAGGGAAAGCUAAGGAGGCCAGACAUGUGUCAAGGGUAUCCCUGAAUAGAGGCCUAGAAAGGCCAUUGUGCAAAGCUGUGAAGGUGAAGCCUGGACUGCCUUGGAGACCCCAAAAUGGUGGAGAUGUCAGAGCUGUGGGUUACCUUCAAAGGAGAGUGGAAUCAGCCCAUGAGAAAGAGGUGCAUUGCAUUCAACAAAGAUGAAAGGAGUUGGAGGUCUGAAGAAUAUUUUGAUGUCAGACAUGGAAAUACAAGAGUUUGGAGUUUGCCCAGCUGGUUUUCAGUCCAGUAUUUCUUCACUAUACUCCCCUUUAGAAUUAUAAUGUAUAUCUUAUGCCAUUAUGUUGAAGCCCAUAGAGAACUACAACGACUCUAGAACUCAUGGAGUGUGCCUACCCGUUAGCACAAUCAUGAUGGGUGUGACUUAGAGAGGCAGAACUCCAAGGACUGUAUGUCUUGAGAACUUCAUGCUAUUACAGAAAUCACUCUGUUGUCCUCUCAUUCAUCACGCUGCUCCUAAUCUAUGAGUUGUCUGAAAACUAUAAGGGGUCUUCCAGCCCUGACCGGGCAGUAUCAUUGGCACUCACAAUAACAGUGAUUGAUGUUUUUCAAGCAUUGCUGCUGGAGGAGAUUAAUAAUUCAUCUACCUUCAGUAAGACUUAAAGAUAUAGAUGUUUAGUAACAUUCACCACCCUUAGAAAGAAUUUAGAGAUGUAGAUUGUUAGGAAAGUUAGGUUAAGAUGUUUUUGCUAGUGUAUUUGAUAUAGAAAAUUUUAGAGAACAACCUGAAGUUCAGAAAGGAACAUCCUUAAUAGUUAGGCUAGAGAUUUUUUUGAGGUCAGGGGACAGGAACAAUGGAAGCCAGACUGCUAUUGGCUGAUACGCCUCUCUUGUUAAAGCUGGGCUCAGGAGCAAGGUGAUGAUUCACUUCAUGUACCCACUUUUACACUCAGCUUCCUGGUAUUGAUUUAAUAAAAAAUUAUUAAUGAGUAGAUGUGCACCUUAAGGAUUUGAAGUAGAAAUGACUGAUUUUUUAUAUAAAAGUUUAGAUUUGUGAUUCCUUUAAGGUUUUUAUAAGAUUAUUUUUUAAGGUAAAUAAUAAAAUUAUUCUUUCUUUGUAACUGCAAAUUGCUGCCUGCCAGUAAAAGAAUCUGGCUGAGAAAAUUAGCUUGCCUGCUUACACUUUGUUAAUACAUAACAAGUUGCUUGGUUAUAAAUGCAUGCAGGUUUUUGGAAAUAUUUUUUUAUAUAUAAUACAUAAAGCAUUUGAUCAUAAGAUGAUAUUGGGGAAGAUGCCACACUGAUCCCACUAGAAUCUUUGUGACAAGUUCCACAGACUGAGGCAUUAGACUUCAAAAGAAGGAGUUGUGGAACUCUUGGCCAGAGCAAACAUAUUGAGCCAUAGUUCUCAUGGCAAUUUUUCUGUUUUGUUCUUUUUCAUUCCUUUUCUUAGUUACUGGUUUCUGGUAGCUUAGACCAUGAUCUUAAGCAAGAAUAAUGGGUACGAAACCAUUCCUAGAGACUAACAUGACCUAAUCUCUGGGGAAACCAACGCUUUACUUUUCAAAUAAUUUACAAAAUUAUUAGGAUAGAUAAAACUUUCCCAACAAUAAAAUUUCAUAUGGCUACAAGUGUGUCAUUGGAGGUAGGUUUUGGUAUAUGGUAAAGAAAGUCUUAAUUGGAAAUAAUUAAAAUAGUUAAAAUUUAUAUAUUGAAGAUUUAUAAAAAAUCAGACAUUAGAUGUUAAAUAAUAAUUAACCAUAUGGGGUGGAAAGUCAACUCAGCAGUUAAGAGCACUGACUAUAAAUAUUUAUUAACCUGUUCUUGGGAAUAUGCCUCUAGCUUUAGACAACCGCCCUAUUGAUUACAUUUGUUUAGAAUUGUUAUAUUUUGAUGAUUUAUAUUAUUAAUAGUGAUGUUACCUGUUCUAUUUGUUAUUCAUUGAACAUGGAGUUUCAGAGUUGUGAUGCUCAGAUGAUUUUUGUUGGCAUUAGUGAUUGUUUUGCUGGAUAUGCUUUCUAUGAGUUGUUAUGUUUGGUUUUAAGGUAUAAAAUCACCUGCUUGAGAGCUGCAAAAUAUACUCAGAUUCAAACUGC